AUGGAUAUUAGUAAUUCAACAGAAACUAAAGAAAAUGAGAAAAAUUCUGAAGAUUUAAAUGUACGAAAAACUUAUGAAAAAUCUGAUAGUAAAGAUAUUGCAAAUAGUGAAAAAAACAGAAAUAAUAAAAAUAAUAAUAAUAUUGGGAAAAUAUUAUUAAAUGAUCAAAAUGAAAAUUUGCAAAUUGAUCUAACAGAAUCUAACAGUGAUUCUAUUCCAAGUGAAUCAAAAAAUGAUGAAGUAUAUAAUAUAAGUGAAAAAAAUAGUAUAAAAGAUAAAAAUGAAAAUGAUAAUAUAAUUAAAGAGAGUAGUUAUAAAAAUAAAAGUGAUUUAGAUAAUACUAAUAAAGAGAAUAAUUAUGAUGACAAACAUGAAUUAAGUAGUAUAUCGAAGUUGUGUGAACUAAAAGAAAUAUCUCAAUUAGGAGAAAAUAGAAAAAAAGUAUUAAUGCAUUUUAAUGAAUUAUAUUCUGCAAAAGGACAAAGCAUAACUUAUUCUUUAAUUGAAAUAUAUGAUUUAUGCAAUAAUGAUGAAAUUGUUUUAUAUUUAUUACAAAAAUAUCUACAUACUCACGGAUUAUGUGUACCUUGUUAUAAGUUUGGAAAUAAUAGAAAUUCAUGUAAUCUUAAAAUAAAAUGUAAAUGGUGUCAUCAUUAUAGUCAUUUAAAUAAAAAUUCAUGUUUACAUCCUUUUAAAAUGUUACAUUUUAAAAAUAAAUGUAAAGUUUGUAAUCAUUUUAUUAAAGGAAGAUUUUGUAAUUUAUUAAAUGAUUGCCAAUUUUGUCAUUCAAUUGAUCAUUUACCUAAAAAUUUAAAAAAGAAAUAUUACGAUAUUUUAAAUCAUUUAUAUAAAAAAAAAGAAUAUACUGAUGUUGUAACAAAAGAUCUUUUAUUAAGUUUAAAUGAUGAUAAAAAAAAUGAGAAGAAUUUAAAUAUUUUUGAUAAGGAUUUAAUGGAUAUUUUUGAAAAUAACGAUAUAGAUAAUAAUGAUAAGUCAUUUGAUACAUGUAUUGAGUGUUCUGAAAACAAUAAAAAACCUUGUGUAAAUCAUUUUCUAUAUAAUCAUAUAUGUCUAAAGGAUUGUAAUAAUUGUCAUAAUGAGAUACAUAAAAAAAAAAAUUCAAACUUGUUUAUUUUAAGUUAUUUACACGAAAAUAACUUAUGUUUUGUUUGCCCAUACAUAAAUGAUAAUAAUUGUGUAUGUGACAAUAAUAGUAUUUAUUGUCAUGAGUCUGAUCAUAUAUCUUAUGAUAUAAAGGCAAAAAAUAUCUUAGAUAAGUGUAUAUAUUCUUUAAAAAAAGAAUUUAGUGAUCCAAAAGAACAAAAAAAUAUAGAAAAUGAAAAUGAAAACAAUAGUAAGAAAAUAGAUGAAAAGAGAAAAAGAAUAUCUCAUAAAGAUUUUAGUAGUAUAAGAGAAAGAAAAUGGCAGAAAAAAAAUCUAUAUGAAUAUAAUAAAAAAUAUUCUUAUUCAAAAAGUGACAGUUUUAAUUCACGUAGCUUCAAAAGUAAUAGCAUAUAUAAAAAUAACAAUAAUUUUAUAAGUAAUGCAGAUAAAAAUAAAAAUAAAAUGGAUGAUUAUGAAAUAAAAGAAAAUUAUAAAAAAAAGGAGAAAGGAAAAAAUGUUCAUGUUAAAAAAGAAAAAAAGGAAAAAUUUUCUGGAAAACAUGAAGAUGAAAAGAGUUUUAAAAUUAAUAAUAAUAAAGAAGAGAAAUAUGAAAAAUAUAGGUGUGAUAAUAAGCACUCUGAAGAUAAUAAUACGAAAUCACAAAGAGAGAAACAUAAUAAACACUCUACAGUGCUUUUAAAUGGUAAAAAAAAUUACAGUAGUAGUAAGCAUAGUUCUAAUACACAUAACAAAAGUUAUUAUGAUAAUAUUAUUUCAUAUAAAUUACGCUAUGGAAAAAAAAAAAAAGAAAAAUCAGAUAAAUUAUCGGGGGAUCAUUACAAAAAUAAGACUAUAAAAAAAAGAAGCCAUACAUCUCUAGAUAAAGAAAAAAGCAAAGCUUCAAAACAUCGCUAUGGCAAUUCAAUUAAAAAAGUUGAAGAAACAGAAGAAAAAAAAAUAAACGAAGCAACUAUAGUAGAUGAUAAAAAUAUUGCUUCUGAUAAUAUAUCCAUGGCAUCAUUACAAAAUAAUAUAUCUUUAAAAGAUCAAGAAAAUAAUUUUCUUUAUGAAAAAGACAAGCAACAAAAUAAAUAUAGUAAUAAUGAAGGUUAUUAUAGUGGAAGUGGUUCAACUAACACUGAAAAAAAUCCUUGUAAUGAAAAUGAAGGAAAAUAUUUUGAAAAAACUUUGAAUGCGUGCACAAAUUAUGCCACUAUGGAUAUUCAAUUGAAUAAUAAAAGUAAUAUAUUAUUGGAUGAUUAUGAUAAUGAAGAAUGUGUAAGAGAUACAGAAAUAAAAACAAAUAAUAAAAUAAAAAUUAUUAAUACCGUAGAGAACCACGAAGCUCCUAGACCAAAAAAUAGCAUGCAUCAUUUAUUAGAUGACAACUAUAGGAAAAAAAAAAUGAUGCUUGGAGAAUUGACUGGUUUUUUUACAAUAGAAGAACAUAACAAACAAAAGUGUGUUCCAUGCUCAUUUUAUUUUUCUAAUGGUUGUAAUUAUUCUAUAUAUUGCAGGAAUUGUCAUCAUGAAAGUCAUAGAGAUCAUAAAGGAGAACAAUGUCAUUAUAAAGUUCUCCAUAAGAUGAAAUUAUGUAAACCUUGUAAUGAUUUUUUUAAAGGAAUAUGUGAACAUAGAAAAUCAAAAAUUCCAAGAAAGCCACAUGAAUGCGCAUAUUGUCAUGAAGAAACUCAUAGAAAAGAGGUCUUAAAAGAAAUAAGUAAAGAGGGGAAAAAAAGUUUAGAAAAAAGCAUAAGUAAUUUUUCAAAAAGCGAUAGAACAAGAAAAAGUAAUAGUGAAAGAAGUAUGAGUAAUUUUUCAAAAAUAUGCGAGUUUGAAAUUAAUGAAAAUAAAAGAAGUCUAAGUAACUAUUCAAGGAAUAGAGUUCUAAGUUGUGAAAAAGAUGAGAAAAAAUUAUAUAAAAGGGAAUUAAAUAGUAACAAGGAAAGUACAAGAGAUUCUCAAAGAAAUUCAAAAAAUUGCAAUUUGGAAGAAGGAAGUAUUAACAGAGAAUUAAAAGAAACUAACUCAUCCACUAAUGAAAAAAUAAAAGAAAGAGAUGAAAUAAAAUCAGAACAUAAUAAUGAAUAUAUUUCUGAAGACGAAGUUUGGUUAAAAAAAAGAAAUGUAAGAAAUGGUAAAAACAAAUUAAAAAAUAAAGAAUAUAUUAAUAUUGAAAAUAAAGAAAAAAAAUUAAUAGAUGAUAAUUCUGAAAAUGAGAAAGAAAAGAUGAGGAAUGAGGAAAAAAAUUCUCUAAAAGGGGAAUCAGCAAAUGAAAAAAAAGAAUUGACUGUAUGCUCUUACUCAAAUAGUUUAUCUUCCAAUGAAAUGGAAGAUAAAGAUGAAAAUUCUGAUAAUUUAAAUUCUAUAAAUGGUUUCUGUGGAAAUUCUGCGAAAAAUGCACCUGACAAAUUUGCAACUGAUGAUAUGAAAAAUGAACUACAUAGCUUAAAUGAUAGCAAAGAUGAAAUAAAAAAUAUACAUAAUGAAACGGAUGAAAGAAAUCAUAAAAAGAAAGAAAAAUCAGAUAAGAAUAGAGAAGAAAAAAUAGAUAAGGAGAAGAAUGAUAAAAUAGACAAAGAUCAUGAUUCAGAUAAAGAGCAAGAAGAGGAAUUUAAUAAAUUAAGAGCAAAAAGAAUGCAAGAAAUGUAUAAAUUGCAAAGAAAACAAGGAAUUAAUUUAAAUGAUUUUAGUAAAAACCUAAGUAGACAUGAAAAAGGCGCUUGUCAUCCAUGUGUUUAUUAUUUUGUUGGUUUUUCAGGAUGCCUGAAUGGAAAAAAUUGCUUAAAUUGCCAUCACGAAGAUCAUAGAAAUCCUCAUAGUAUAUUUCAUCCUUCCCGCUUUUUACAUAUAAAAAAAUUAUGUGUGCCAUGUUCUAGUUAUUUCAAAGGUGAGUGUACAAGACCUAUGCAUACUUGUGUUUAUUGUCAUUAUGAUUCACAUAGAAAAGAAUUUGAGGAAAAUAAUAUAACUGAAAAGGAAAUAAAGGAAAAAUCUACAAAAGAGGAAUCUGAUAGAUUUAAAGAAGAUGGCAGAGAUGAUAAAAAAGAAACUGAUGAUUAUAACAAUGAGAAAAAAGAAAAAAAUGAUAUAUAUGAUGAAAAAAUAGAAGAUAAUGAUGAAUCCGAAGAAGAAAAAGAAAAAGAAAAAAAGAAAAAUAAACAGGAAGUAUUAGAAAAAACUGAAAUUAACGAAGAUAAUAAAGAUAAAUUAGAUGAAAAAAAAGAAUUCGUAUACGCAAAACAAACCGGAUAUAAAGAAAGAGAUGCACAUGAAAGAGGUGUUUGCCAUCCAUGUGCUUUUUAUUUUUCAGGAAAAAAUGGAUGCUUAAAAAAAAAUAAUUGUGUAAACUGCCAUGAUAGAGAUCAUGAAGAUAUUAAUUCACCAUAUCACCCAUCUAAAUUAUUACAUUAUAAAGGUAUUUGCUCACCAUGUCAAGAAAAUAUGAAAGGUUUAUGUAAAAGAGCUUCGUUUGAUUGUGUUCACUGUCAUAAUGAAGAACAUAUACCUGAUGAUAUGAAAGAAACAGUUCAAAAAAUGAAGGAACAAAAUAUAGAAAAAAGAAACAAAAAAGAAACAAAAACAUAUUUUGAUUAUAAAGACAAAUUUUUAAAAAAAAAUAAAGUAAACUCGUAUAACAGUAAAAAUAUAUCUUUUAAUAGAAGAAAUUUUUAUAAUCCUCUAACUUACAAAAAUAAAAAAUAUUUUACUAAAUCUGUUAGUAUAGAAAAGAAAAAUAAUUAUAAAAAAGUUAAAAAAUAUUCUUAUUUUAAAAAUUCGCGUAGUUAUGAUAAUAAAAAGUAUGGUACCAAGAAUAACAAUUAUGAAUCUUUUAAAAAACCACUUGUUCAUAAAAAGUACACUUCAUAUAAUCUUUCUAUAAAUAAUAUUAAAAACAAACAGUUACUAAGUAGAAACCAUUACAGUAAGCAAGAAAAAGAAAAAAAAAUAAGGGAAUAUGAAGAAACCGGAAGCAAUAGGAAUCGUGAGAAUUCCGUAAGUAUGUUUAAUAAUUUUAACAAAAAAAAAACCAAUAAAUCAAAUAAUAAUAAGUAUUAUAGAAAAUCAUCGGAUUUAAAUAGUAUAAAAAAUUAUGAUCAUCACAACGAAAUGAAAUUCAGUGAUAAUUUAUCAUCAAAUAAUUAUACAUAUUACAAUAGCAAUAAAGAUAAUUAUGAUGAUAAAAGACAUAAGAAAGAAAGUAUAAGAAAUAAAUACGAAGACAAAAAUUAUAACUUAAGAAAAAGUAAUAAUUAUGAAAAUUUUAAAUUGAAAUAUGAAGAAGAUAGGAAUUAUUACAAUGAAAAAAAUAGUUAUUAUGAUAGUAGCAGUAGUUAUUGUGACAGAAAAAGUCAAUUUGAUAAAAAAUAUGAUUACAGAAACAAUUCUGAUUAUAAAAAUAAGUAUUAUGAUAAAAAAUAUGAAUAUAAGAAAAAUUAUUACGAUAAUGAUAAAAAUUAUGAUAAAUAUUGUAAUAACAAAAAAAAUUAUGAUGAUAAAAAAAAUUACUACUACUAUAAUGAUAAAAAUUAUGAUAAAUAUUGUGAUAACAAAAAAAAUUAUGAUGAAAAAAAGAGAUACUACGAAGAUAAAAACUAUUAUAAUGAUAAGAAUAGUUAUGUUGAUAGAAAAGAUUUUUAUAAUUUUAGAAAAAAUUAUGACGAAAAAAAAGUAAGUAAAGAGGAGAUACUUGUAUCUCCAUCGGUUAUAAGAAAUAAUAGUAUUUUUUCAGAUAAAAAAGAAUUAAUCAAAAGAAAAUAUGAGGAUAUUUCAAAGUAUGAAAAUGAUUACAAUGAUUCAUUUGAUUAUUCAUCAAAUAAAAGAAGGAAAGAAAAUUUCUCAGAAAACAAAUUAAUGAAAAGAAAUAAUGAAAAGGAAUAUAAUAGAAACAUAAUAAAUGAAAACGAAAAUAGCAAUAAAAAAUCAAUGAAGAAUAAAGAAAAUUAUUAUGAUUCAAAUAAAAACCCUUCAAAAAAGUAUACGAAUAAAUUAGAUGAAAGGUAUAAUGGUAAUAAAAUAAAUUCUGAAGAAUAUAGUUAUAAAAGAAAAGGGUUUUUAGUUUAUACAGAAAAAAAAAGAAAAAGUAUUUCAAAGGAAUCAUAUGAUAGAUCAAACAAAAUUGUAAAUGGUGUAAGAAAUAUAAAUGCUGAUAAAUAUGGAUCAUAUAAUAGAAAAUAUAAUGGUUAUCGUUAUGAUGAUAGAUAUAGUGGUUUAUCAUUCUCUGGAGUAAAACAUAAUUCUUUUUUAAAAAAAAAUAAAAAUGAUUCCAUUGAUUUAAACAAAUAUAAAUCACCAAGUAUUUUAAGAGACGAUACUAGAAUCUCUUCGUUUUCUUCAAAAAAUAUACAUAAUUCCAGUGAAAUAAACAAUCAAAAAAUAAUUAACGAAAAUAAAAACAAUUAUACAUAUGAGAAGUAUGCCGAUGAUAAAUAUAAUGAAAAUAAAGUUAUACAAAAUAGCAAAUUCAAAAAAAAUAUAAAUAAAGAUAAUAUAUGUGAACAAACUUACAGACAAAUAGAUUCCAAAUAUAAUAAUAGGGAUAACUAUUUUUAUAAAAGAAAUAAUUAUUUAGAUUAUAAAACGACAAAACAAUAUUUUAAAGAUAGAAAUUCAAAAAAAUAUCAAGGAAAUUAUAAGAACACCUGGAAAAAUAAAAAAUAA